CGCUGGCCCCGCCCCGCACGCUGGCCCCGCCCCAUGGAAUCGCCGCCGCUGAUCCCAGAGCGCGGAGCCCGACCCCUGCGAUCCCCACAGACCCCAUUAGUCCCCCUCUCCCCGAGAGGCCCCUCGACCCCCUCAGCACCCUUUCGAGCGCACGGCAGAACGCGGCUUCGCAGACUCAGGGGGUCGCAGAGGCGGCGCGGGGCCUAGAGACACGGGAAGGCGGGGGAGGCGAGGGGAGCCGAACCCCGCAGGAGGUGCAGGGCUGGGGCCAGCAUGGGCAAGCAGAACAGCAAGCUGCGGCCCGAGGCGCUGCAGGACCUGCGGGAGAGCACUGAGUUCUCGGAGCAGGAGUUGCAGGAGUGGUACAAGGGAUUCCUCAAGGACUGUCCAGGUGGUAGCCUCACAGUGGAUGAGUUCAAGAAGAUCUAUGGGAACUUCUUCCCAUAUGGCGACGCGUCCAAGUUUGCCGAACACGUGUUUCGUACCUUCGACGCCAACGGCGAUGGCACCAUCGACUUCCGCGAAUUCAUCGUGGCGCUGAGCGUGACAUCGCGUGGCAAGCUCGAGCAGAAGCUCAAAUGGGCCUUCAGCAUGUACGACCUGGACGGCAACGGCUACAUCAGUCGAGAGGAGAUGCUGGAGAUCGUGCAGGCCAUCUACAAGAUGGUCUCCUCCGUGAUGAAGAUGCCGGAGGAUGAGUCAACACCUGAGAAACGCACUGACAAGAUCUUCAGGCAGAUGGACAAGAACCACGAUGGCAAACUCUCCCUAGAGGAGUUCAUUGCUGGAGCCAAGAAUGACCCUUCCAUUGUUCGGCUGCUGCAGUGCGACCCCUCCGGCGCCACGCAGUUCUGAGGAGGCGAGCGCUCAUCCAGCGGCGCCAAAGCACGGAACACGCGACGUCCUGUGUACCUCACAAUACCUCGCUUACCAUAUCACACUUAACAUACCACAAUGAGUGUACCAAUCGCACCGCAUGUAUCAUCAUACUACACCACGCGCAUCGUAUCUUACUUUGCGUGCCAUGCUGCACCUACCACACCACACAUAGCGCAGCACACCUUGCAUACCACCCCACGUGUACCACACCAAACACUUCACAUCUUGUGUACCAUAUCACACAUUCCACUGUGUAUCGCACCACACAUCGCCACACGUAUCGUGUGACGUAAAAAAUUCCACACUAUAUAUAUCUCAACACAUACAACAUCACACCUCAAGUACCACAUCACAUGUACCACACUCACCGCACAAUGUCUGAUGUAUAUAAUGCACCAAACCUCACAUUACCGCAGUCAGCACACAACUCACAGGUACCACACAUAUUGUGUACCACACACCACACUGUGUAUACCAAAUUAUAUUAUGCAUGCGCUACACUACAUUUCCUGAAUAUAUGACUCCACAUGUACCAGACACACUACACCCACACCGCAUGUAUUGCACACACCACAGCAUACUCUGGGUAGCAAAUGAUAUUCCGUGUUAUGCAUGCACCACGCGACACUUGGUGUCCAUGCACCACAGCGGAAAACUCCCUGAAUAUCUGGGCGGUGGCGGGAAGGGGGGGUUAAAGGCACCAUUCUUGGGUGGCACCACUACUUUGGUUGCUUCUUCCAGCCCCGGCGGGACCACGGUAGCAUCUGGUGGAGCAGGAAGUGCUUGCUCAGCCACCGCUACUUGUCCUCGGCAGUACUGAGGUUCAGUCGAUAGCGUUGUCUUAGGUGUGCGAGUGUAAUUUGCUUGCGCAUGUAUCCGUUUCGUGUUGAGGGAGCAGCGUGAGGAGCUGCAGGUGUCACGGGCGGUGCUGAAACUUCCAGCACAGGGGAUAUCCGGGUAAAUCCAAAUGACGCCUAUAGCCCUGUGGGGUCUUGGCAGAUGCUGCUCACAUUCCUAAUGUGUUAAAUUUAAAGAGAUUAUUUAUAAUUACUCUUCCAGUGGAUGUUAUGAGAGUGGCUGCUGUUGCUGCCUUGUUAUGAUUCGCUUGACAAAGGGCCCAGAAAUCAUUGCUCUCUUGAACGGCUAGCUCAGAACUUGAGCUGGGAUAACCGAUUAUUUAAGUAAUCAAUCAAUUUCUCUCCUAAUUACCAGUCCCAUUACUCGACCAACACGAAAAUAGUUGGAAGAAUGUUUUAUCUCAGUUUCCACGUGUGUCAUUUAAGCACAGACGACGUUUAAUCAAUUCACUUGAUCAACUAAUCGUCCCAGCUAUCAUCUGAACGAGCCCACCAUGCACUGUCGGGGUUCAGAUGAGUCGGAGUGCGUGCUGGUGCUCAUUGUCUUGGCAGGUGGUGCUGGCUGGUCGAAAA